AUGGCGAAUUUAAAGAAGUGGCUUCCAGGCGUAUCCUUCCCCCUUAUUCUCAAUGCUCCUAUGCAUGGUGCAGCUAAUGGUCCCCUCGCUGCAGAGGUGACAAAAGCAGGAGGAUUGGGCUUCAUCCCGGGCGGAAUUGUCCUCUCCAAGGACUCCGACGACUUGAAAGAUCUUGAACUCCAGCUCACAACGGCACGUCGUCUCCUAGCUCUCGAUGAGUCAUUGGAGAAACCUAUACCGGUAGGCGUCGGUUUCGUCACAUUCCACCCCUCCGUGGCUCAGUUCGAAGAGUCGGCUUUGCCGAUAAUCCGCAAGCACAAGCCCGUCGUCAUAUGGCUCUUUGCCCCGGAGCCGAAUUCAACCACGCAUAAGCACUUGAUCCGUCUUCUGCACAGCGCAGGCAGCUCCUGGAACCUCAAGGUCUUGGUCCAAGUCGGGUCUGUUUCAGCGGCCCGGGAUGCGAUCGAGAGUGGCGCCGACGGCGUCGUGGCGCAGGGUGUCGAUGCAGGAGGCCACCAAUGGGCGCAGGGUGCCAGCAUUGUCUCGCUGGUGCCUGAAGUCCGUAAACUCAUUCGAGAUGAAUUCCCCGGUAAAGAUGUGGCUUUGAUCGCAGCGGGGGGUAUUGCGGAUGGUAGCGGUGUGUCAGCUGCCCUGUCUCUGGGAGCUGAAGCAGCCGUCAUGGGCACUAGAUUCUUGGUUGCCGAUGAAGCUGGAACCUCCAAGGAAAUGAGACAAGUUGUCCUAAGCACCACCGACGGCGGAUCCAGCACUGUCAAGUCAUACCUACACGAUGAUGUUCGAGAGAAUAACAUUUGGCCCAAACUCUAUGAUGGACGGGCGGUAUUGGGGCCAUCGAUUAUUGACGAAAGAGCUGGAAUUCCGCUAUCUCAAAACAUCGCUAAGCUAAAAGAAGCACAAGAAUCAGGAGAUAAGUCUAGAAACGUUUUCUGGUCUGGAACCGGAGUUGGGUUGGUAGACAAGCUUCAACCCGCCGGAGAUAUUGUCCGAGAGACUCGAAUUCAGGCAAUUGAACGGAUCAAAGAGCUUAGUGUCUUCUAUGGAGAAACUUUGACACACUAA